CCGGCUCAGAGGGGCGGCGGCGUCUGCUGUGUCGCCCUUUCCAUCGCGCGCUUGUGGUAGGGACAGCGCUCGGUGGUGGGAGAGUUAUCGCGCCAGAUGAACGAGCGUCGCCUGAUCUGGAAGACGGCUCAACUCCCCGCGAGACUGAUCUGGAAGCUGCGGUCGUUUCUCCUCCCCGCACCGCGAAUGCUUCUCCUCCCCCAUCCACCGCGCGCACCAGCAGUGGGUCCGCCAGCCGCGGCGCCGCUUCUCCUCCCCCACACAAGCGACGAGAUCAAAAGCCUCCACCCGUAGCAACAUGAGCGAGCCACCGCCAGCAUCAGUGCAUCAGCAGAAGGGGAUCGCCGGCAGUAGGCCAAGCGACGGAAACGAGCCAUACCACCCGUACCAGUUCAAGGGAAGUUAUGGGCGGUUCCCAGUUUCUGUCUAUCCCUCUUCUAAUGACCUGCAUUAUUUGGUUUGUUGCAUCUCUUCGUGUCUUCUCCAUAUGUCACAGACAUGUUGCUGUUUGUUGUGUUGCUGCCCGCUCUGAUUACACAGGUUCAUGGAUCCAUCUGCUAGGGAUGAGGUUGUUCCCCUUUCAUGUUGAAUUGCUGAUCCCUAUUUUUCCCAGGUCAUCCCUAAUCCAGCAUUUCAGUGAGCUGAACAGGCAGCAGGUGAUAUCACACAGGUCACAGGAUUUUUGUGAUUGGAGAUAAUUUUCAUCAUAUGCAGCACAAUGAUCAAUGAUGUAAGUGAAAGGGUGUGAUGAGGUGAUGGCCGCCGAGGCUUCUCGCCUGGAUCCCGCCGGCGAUUCUCCGGAGAUGAGGCGGGUUGUGGAUCCGGAUGGCGCUACGGAGGAGGCCCCUGAGCAGUCGGAGUCUCCGAAGCGGAGGAAAGCGAAGGCCGGCGUUAAUCUCCGCAAGAGCUUGGCUUGGGACAGCGCCUUCUUCACCAGCGAAGGUGUUCUGGAUACUGAGGAAUUGGCUGUUGUAAACAGCACAUUCCGCAAGGCACAGGGUUCCAGGUUGCCUGGAAUCGCUGAGGAAAUGAGGAGGUCAGGGGAGUCAACAACUUCGACUCUUGAAAGCGAAAGCUGGGUGAUGGAAAAUCUGGAGACUGAGCUGUUUGACAACGUCCGUGCUUCGAUCCAGAGAUCGCACGGCAAUCCUGGAAAAGCCCCAGGUGUUACUGCUGUUAUCUCAAAACCCCCGAAGUCCAAGGCAAAUGUUCCUCGUGUUGCAGCAAGGAAGGGGGUUGAUCUGAUGCCUCAGAGUAAGAUAAGGGCCCCUAUUUCCACAAGCCAGGGUGCUGCUGGAGGAAAACAAAGGAUCCAAGCUACCUUGAAAGAGCCUACAACUGCAAGAGUGCCUAUUUCAGGAUCUACAGAAGUAAAACCAUCUUUGAAACCUCCGAGGGCUCUACCAAGAGUUGCUACAAUGAGAGCGCCAACUAAUACAGCUGUGGCUUCUGGAAUUCCAGACAAAAGGAGCAGCACUGGAGGUGUGGUCAACAGGCAGACAGUUGGUAAAUCUGUCAACAAUUCAGUUAGCGCACAUUCUAGGCCUGGUGGAGUGACAAAAUCUACUUCAACUUCAAAAUCAGGUGCCUUACCAUCAUCAUUAUCAUCAUCAGCAGCAGCAACAGCAGCUUCAAUUGGUAAUAUGCUAGGUCAAAAACCUAAAUCAUCAACCCUAAGCAACAAGAGCAGAAUUGCUCAAAGGAUUCCUGUUCGUUCAACGUCAAGGACUGAUGUCAACAAAGCUAACCCAGCAAGAGCAUCGAGAAAUAAUAUUCCAACUGGGGGCAAAAGUAAUCGUGUAUCUCCAAGCAUUUCGCCUAGCAGUUCUGUGGACAGCUUGAGUUCUGUGGUUUCUGGGGCUUCAACAGCUUCCACUGUAGGGAAGAUGAGCCAUACAUCUGAGAGCUUCAGUACACGGUCUUCUUCAUUAUCCCCUUCCCUCAGAAAUAGCAAUGACCACGCUCCAACAAGAGCAGAUGCAGACACCCAGGGAAAAGGUUCCAAACCAUCUGGUCUGCGUAUGCCUACACCCAAAAUUGGUUACUUUGAUGCUAAGUCCAUCGACCAACAGAUUGGUGCACAUAUGCAAGUGCAGCCCAUGAAGAUCCAGUGUUCACCUCAGCUAUCUUCUGCUCAAAUGGGGGACCCAGCAUCGUCUAUCUUGAGUCAGCCGGAAUCGAGACUCGCAGCCUCACCUCAUGAGAAAAAAAGCAGUGUCCAGAGCAAGGCAUCACCUUUACUCCCCCUUGAAGUUGUACAGAUAGAACUUGAGCCUUCCCAGGCGAUGGAACAUGAAGUGUGCACACCCCAGCCCUGCCCAGUGGUAGCAGCAGCAGCAGCAGCAGCAGCAGACACAGCAAAGGAGAACAUUCCGGCUCUGCAUCAGAACAUCCAGCCAAAUGAUGGCGCUGGUUCGUUAGCAGUUGAUCUGAUUUGCCAGAGAUUGUCCACCAUUUCUCUUGGGGACGCCACCGACCUGGCCUCUUGAUCUUGUAGAGGGAUUUAGUCGUAUGGUAUGCUGGUUGUUUCUGAUACAUCCUUAUUAUUGGAAGGCAAUUGCAGCUGAAGUUCUUUCUCUGGCAUGUGUUGUUUUAACUCUUAUGUCUUGAGUGUAAAAUCCUUUUUCUGUACAUCGCAUGCCAUGAUAAGGAUUUCGCUCUCGGUUGUAAUCAGAUUGCAGAACACUUAAGAGAGUUGACACUGCUAUGUCAACUACAGGUUUGCAAGUAAUCGUAUAUCAGUCACAUUUGUUCA